GGUAUUUUUGACUUAAAGCCCUGUUUUCAGAUUGUUUAUGAUGAAAUAGAACGGUUUUGACUGAAAUUAGGACAUAUGACGCUGUCCCGAGCAUUUUCAGUUUCUGUGGUAGCAACCCCCCACCCACACAAUGGCUUCAUAGGUGCACUGGAACAAUCCUUACUAAAAUGCAUUAAACGUUCGUUUACAAAGACAUGAAACUCACCGAGUGGUCAGGGGUGUUCACUGAUAUGCUCACACAAAAAUCGCUGCAAAAGGCGCUUUCCAACAGGUGUUUUAGCAUUCGAUGUUAACUUGUGGACCUAUUUUUCCAAACGCCUCACUUCCGUACAUUCUUCCGCUGCGAGCUUGAAUAAUAGAUACUCCAGCCCAGGUGGGGGCGAUAAUCCACCUUUGCCAAUUGCACGCAAACCACCAUUGAAUACACAGAAAAAGCAGAAGAUCGCUGUCUGAAAGCAUUUGAAACAGCUAGCUAAUAAUAAUGGGGCGAUUUUGUGCAGUUCCAAAUUGCGGGAAAAUUCGUGGCAAAACAAGUUGUCACAGACUUCCUUUGAACAAUCCGGAGAGGUUAAAGUUGUGGCUGGAAUUUCUGGGGAUGGAUGUGAGCACACCUGUUGAGGUUCUGCAGAAAGCUGAUCACCGUGUCUGCGGUCUACAUUUCACUGAUGAGGACUUCGCUGGCGGUCGAAAGAAAUCGCCAAAAAAGUUAUUUCGAUUGAGAAAUACAGCGGUUCCCACAUUACGUCCUGGGACGACAGAGUUGGAAGAACUUGGGGCUGUUGGUGGUGUUGAAGUGGAACCUCACAUUUUCAAAGUGCCACAGUCAACUCCUGUGAAGGAACCAAGCACUGGCAGGCCUUUAUCCUUCUGCAGUGGGAUGCCUUUGCUUCUUACCAGCCCACAAGGUUAUCAGAAGUCAAGGAAGUCCCUAUCUGGCACGUACCUUGCCUACACUGCUUUUGGGGAGAGUUCAACUCUGGCUUCAGACGAAUUUCAGACUGAGAUGGCAAUAUUGGACACCAGCAUGACUUCAGUCUACAGCGAUGACGAGAAAGACAUGACUUUUAGUCUGUCCAGCAAACAAUCCACCUCCAGUACUGCAUCUAGUUCAGUAUCAAGUCCCUCAGAAACACAAUCUGAAUGGGAUGAUAGAAAAUGGAUAGUCAAUGAGUCACAUCUCAUGAAGCUAUUCAGGACCUGUCACAAGUGUGGUGUAGCCAUCAUUGAAAGGAAAGUGAACAAAUUGGGAAGCCAAAUAAAAGUGCAGUGGACCUGUCUGAAUGCCCACCAUGACACGUGGGCAUCAUGCCCAGAUGUUGGAGGAAUGGGAGAGAAUAACCUGCUUGUACCAGCAGCUGUUCUGUUUACCGGAACAACAUUCACCGAAAUCCACGAGUGGGCCAGACUGUUGAACUUACAGAUUCCAAAGAAGACCCAGUACUACGCUGUCCAGUCAAAUUACUUGUUUCCAGUGAUACAUCAGGCUUACAAGGAACAUCAACAGAACCUAAUACAGCGGAUCAUGCAAUUGAAGGCGGAAGGCAAACCGGUCGAACUGUGUGGAGAUGCCAGAUCUGAUUCACCAGGCCACAAUUGCAAAUACUCCACAUACUCGUUCCAGCUUCUCUCCACUGCUGAGAUUAUUCAUUUUGAAUUACUACAGGUGACUGAAGCCAGCAGUUCGGUUGCCAUGGAGUCAGGUGGUUUUAGAAGGGGUCUCAAUGAGCUGCUGCAUAAGGAGGGACUGGACAUUGACCUCAUCGCCACAGACCGGUCCCCAUCAAUAAGAAAAAUUAUGCGAGAGGAAUUUCACCAGAUCCACCACGAGUUUGAUCCUUGGCAUGUAGCUAAAGGCAUAAAGAAAAAACUUCUGCCGCUUUCAAACAAAAAGGACAACCGUGAUCUACAGGGCUGGAUACGCUCGAUAAUAAACCAUUUUUGGUUUUCGUGCGCCACUUGUGGUGGGAGUGCAGAGCAACUGACACAACGGUGGACUUCACUUCUCCAUCACGUCUGUGGGGAGCAUGAAUGGGAUGAAGAUGGUGAAAAAAAGACAUGUUUCCACGCCCCACUAAGCCUAGAUGAGCAACUGAGGAAACGCUGGCUCCAACCACAGUCCCAGGUUUUCAAGGGUCUACAGGCAAUUGUCGAGGACAAAAGACUUUUGAAAGAUCUACAGCAGUUGACACAGUUUAAACAUACUGGGGCUCUGGAGGUGUUUCACAAUGCCAUGCUGAAGUACUUGCCCAAAAGACUGCAUUUUGCAUAUGAGACGAUGGUUGCUCGAACAAAACUGGCCAUCAUGGACAACAACUUUAACGUUGGCAGAGAGCAGGCAGUGACUGCACAAGGAACUACAAGAUACAGUCUUUCGUUUAAAAAACAGAGCAAGGACUGGAUAGUCAGGAAAAUCUAUGAGCCAACCAGUCAGACCUUCAUCAACAGCCUUGUGGAACGUGUGUUGGAGAGAAGGCAGAACCAAACAGCUGAUGACCGACCACAUUUUCAUCAGCCUCCAAAUAUUGCUUCUAAGCCGAAACCCCUUAAAGAGGAUGCCAUUCAGAAGCACCGAAGUAGAUUUCCUGAACAGUCUGACAGUUAAAAUCUGCAGGAUCUACACUGAGGGCAAUUGUGCAGGGUAUUUCUAAUUGUCAGCAAAAUUAUGUAAAUAGUUCAAGA